GCCUCGCCCCGGCCCGGCCCGGCCCCCCUGGCCUCCGCGGUGCUGCUGGAGCCGCCAGCAGCCUGCGCCCGUCCGGCGUCGCCCCCGCUCGGGGCGGACCCCGCGUGCUUAUUCCGCCCCGGAGGAGCGCCGGCAUCCAGCCCGCUACCGACCGCCGCUGCGGGAUGCUGCGCUCCACGUCCACGGUCACCCUGCUCUCGAGCGGCGGCGCCGCCAAGACGCCCGGGGCGCCCAGCAGGAGGGCAAAUGUUUGCAGACUACGGCUGACUGUACCACCUGAGAAUCCAGCUCCUGAGCAGAGUGAAAAAAAGAUUGAGAGAAAAGAGCAGCAUCUUGACCUGAGCAAUGGAGAACCUACCAGGAAGCUGCCUCGGGGCGUUGUUUACGGCGUGGUGCGAAGAUCAGAUCCAAAUCAGCAGAAGGAAAUGGUGGUGUACGGCUGGUCCACCAGCCAGCUGAAAGAGGAGAUGAACUACAUCAAAGAUGUAAGAGCCACUUUGGAAAAAGUGAGAAAGCGAAUGUAUGGAGACUAUGACGAGAUGAGACAGAAGAUCCAGCAGCUCACCCAGGAACUGUCAGUUUCCCAUGCUCAGCAGGAGUAUCUGGAGAAUCACAUCCAAACGCAGUCAUCCGCUUUGGAUAGUUUCAGUGCCAUGAACUCGGCCUUGGCAUCGGACUCCAUUGGCCUGCAGAAAACCCUUGUGGAUGUGACUUUGGAAAACAGCAACAUUAAGGAUCAGAUCAGAAAUCUGCAGCAGACGUACGAAGCAUCCAUGGACAAGCUGAGAGAGCAGCAGAGGCAGCUGGAGGUAGCACAAGUUGAAAACCAGCUGCUGAAGAUGAAGGUGGAAUCGUCCCAGGAAGCCAAUGCCGAGGUGAUGCGGGAGAUGACCAAGAAGCUGUACAGCCAGUACCAGGAGAAGCUGCAGGAAGAGCAGAGGAGGCACAAUGCCGAGAAGGAGGCACUCCUGGAAGAAACCAAUAGUUUUCUGAAAGCAAUUGAAGAAGCCAAUAAAAAGAUGCAGGCGGCAGAGAUCAGCCUAGAGGAGAAGGACCAGAGGAUCGGUGAGCUGGACAGGCUGAUUGAGCGUAUGGAAAAGGAACGUCAUCAACUGCAGCUUCAACUCCUAGAACAUGAAACAGAAAUGUCUGGGGAGGUACCUGACGCUGACAAGGAAAGGUAUCAGCAGCUGGAGGAGGCAUCAGCCAGCCUCCGAGAGCGGAUCAGACACCUAGACGACAUGGUGCAUUGCCAGCAGAAGAAAGUCAAGCAGAUGGUGGAGGAGAUCAUGUCGCACGAGCUCUUCUCCAGAUUUAGUCUCCGGCUCUUUGGAAGAUGAUAAAUUGGUAGCCUGCUCUGGGUUGGAAGCGGUUCCUUUAUUGUCCGUGAUUAGAAGAACACUUGUACCCUCUGCUGGGAACAGGUGGUAUUUAUCUAUGAUGAGCCAAGGAACCAAACAGGAAGGACACACUUCUGAAAGGAAAAUUUGACGAUGUGGGGCUCUUGUUGGGAACACACCCACAUACCGUUACCCGGACUUGUACAGCCUCGAACUGCAGAGUCAAGACAACUCAGAGAUUCACAGAGGAUUUUUAGGAACUUGAGUAGACAUCCAAGAAGCAACUGCAAUGAAAAAGACCGAAAACCAUUCAGGAGGUUCCAGGUGGAGGCUGGGAAGAUGAGUCCUUACAGAAAGGCUGCCGAAGACGCCUGCUAAGGAGAUGGGAAGAGAGCUCGAAGAACCUUAGUGCUCUGGGAAGGAAGUGCUCCCACCAGAUCACUCCCCAGAACGUACAGAAACAGCCAGGUGUCCAUGUGUUUGGUUCCAUUUGCAUAUAAGAGGUGGCCCCGAGGGUGUCCUUUCUGAAUGGAUGUCAACCUUGUCAUCUUAGCACUCUUCUAAGAGGAGUUUAGCUUGCUUCUGUCACGAUGGGCAUUUUGCCUGAAGUGGUUCAACCAACUUCACGAAGUGUGUCUGACAAAGAGAAAUCUAUUUGGCUGCAAUGUGCUGAACUGAAACAUCCUUCGUGUAUGCUUUAUUUUUAUAGAGGUCUUUGCUGAGACUGCUGUAGGCACUGGCGUUUCAUCAGAACGUGACAGUUUUGCUGACAAGCAGCAGUAGUGGCCGCAGUCAUAGCAAUGGGUGGCUUGAGUCUACAUAAGCUCAGAGACUGGGCUCAUGGAGUGAGUGUGCUCAGAGGCCCUGUGUCCCUCAGACGUUGGCUAGUUCUCCGCUCCUACCCCUCCUUCAUGGCAGAGCGGGCAUGAGGGUGCUUUCUUGUUAACAUUUGACUUUGCUUUCAUUUAGACGCUUCUGCCCAGCUUAAGCAAGGAGGGAGGGAUGGGAACGCAGCAGAUGAAUGCUUUUCCAUAUCAGUAAUUAACUGUUAAUAUCGUCGACCUGUGCACCGUGCUGUUUAGACACAGAUCCCCAGAUACUAUGCUGGGUAUUCUGAUUUCCACAAAGCAGACGGGCAGAUUUGAGAAGCUCAUCUGGACGUUAGCUUAGUGUUGUUACCUAUCCUGUCGCUUAGGGAUACCUUUAUUGCUCUAGUGUUUUUCUAAGUCUCUGGUGGAGAGUCACUGGCAUUUGUUCUAGCAGCACUGAUUCAUUACCAAGUUUUAAAAAAUGGAAUAAUUAAGAGAACGCAGAGACCUUUAGAGAAACUGGGUCACCCAUGUGGGCUCCACUUUAAGGUGCUGUGCUUUCUUCUGCUUUUGGAGUUUCUUCUCUCUUUCGGGCUGUGGACAGUGUCUGGAGGCCAGGCAGGCCUUAUUCUGGAGCAGUGAGUGAGGUUCCUAUAAUACUGCAUGACCUGAGAGUGCCACUUGGUGGAUGCCCUUGACGUCUGCUGCGCUUGGCCCUGGCCCUGGGGCCUAGGCUCACUAUCCAUCUCCCUAGGUCUGGUUCUUUGCAUCACAGGACCUACUUCAGACUACUCUUUGCUGCCUUUGCUGAUGCCCCUCAAUCACCUCUUUCUCGCCUGGACUGUGAUAAGGUGUGAACUUGGCUUACUGCUUGUCAAACCUGAGUCAUGUGCUCAGAUGCUGCCCUGCCACCCCCUUCCCUCCUUUACUGGGUCCUUAGUCUUGGUCUCCAAGGCUACAGCUCUGUCUCCCAGCCUCUCACGCCCACCCAAAGGAGGGGGCUGCUCAAACUAAGGUAGGCGUUAUUUAUUGUGAAUGACAGCGCCACGGUUUCUAAUUCUAGUGUUUAACAUGGUAUUACUCACUUGUUUAUUUCAAAAGCUUAGAUACUUUAUCUAAAAUGUCAACUUUUGGAAGGUAUCAGAAAGAGCACAAUUGUGGCAGCCUUUUUUUCUGUAUGUAUUGCAUGUAUUAUUAAAAAAGCAGGUUCAUUCUAUGAUGUUGGUUACUAUAUUCACAAUAUAAAUUGUCUUUUUAGGGGAAAAGAUCUUUUUCUUUGGAAAUGUUGAACCUAUGCUUGUUUACUGAAAUUGUUCUAAUUGACUUUGAACUGUUUCUCAGAGACCUGGUGCCCAGUUUCUGGCCAUAGGAAGUAUGUGAGGCUAAGUAAUUCAUGUUAGAGGUCACUGUCAGUCACAAAUGCUUCUGUUAUUCCAAGGUGAUGCAUAUGGAUGUCACUUUCCCAUGUCAGUCAUCUCUGGAAGGUAUUAUUUGCUCAAUCUUUUAAGCAUGGGAAACUGAGGCUUCGAGUCUUAAAAAAGAAGUAGCUGGCAGUCCCUCAGCAAACCGUAAUGGCGCUGCACUCCAUACACAGAUGUGAGGCCGCAAAGCCAGCCUCUUUUUCUUCUGGUUACUUUUUCAUUGGAAAAAAAUUUAAAUUGGAAAAAGUUAUAGAAAAUGAUACAAAAACCCAUGUACCCUCUUCUAGAAUUAACAAAUGUUGUCAUUUGGGCACAUUUGUUUCUGGUUUUUUUUUUUAAACACAAGAACACAUCACAGAUGAGGAAGAGAUUCUCUUUUUGCCCCUCCCCCAUUCUCUUCCUUUUCCUUCUUUCACCCCGUCUUCUCUUCAGAGGCAAUUAGCUCCCCAUCUAGGCCAUGCCUUAUAUGAUUAUAUAUAUUUACAUAGAAGGCAUGGCCUCAAUAGAGACCAAAUAUGUAUACAAAUAUAGUAAAAUUAUAACUAUGUGGCUUAGUUUGUAUUUUAAAUUUUACAUGAAUUUUAAUUUAUAAUAUUAAAAAUAAGUUUUAUUGUACCUAUUUUGCAACUUAGUUUUGUUUUUGCUGUUAUUCCACAUGGAUCUAGAUUAUUUAUUUCAAGGCUGUUUAAUAUCCUUUUAUUUGAAUAUAUUGUAACUUAUUUAUCCUAUUGAAAUUUUUAUUCUUUUACAAAUCAUACCUUCUCUAACUAGGAAGUACACUUAGAGGAGAAAAUGCUCGUGCAUGGGACUGACGCAGUUCAUCUUGUUAAGAUAUUGUCCCAUCACUGCCCACAGUGCCCGUACAUUCCACCAGUCACGUAGGAGAGGCGAGAUUUUCCAAAUGCUCACCCCCACUUGCCACUGUGUGGACUAUAAUUUUGGCCAGUUAGGAAAUGGAAUCUCGGUGCUUUGCGUCAGCCUGAUUAUUACUCAUUGCACUUGUGGGGUUGAGAAACUUGUCUUAAGCUUAAUGACCAUUCAUCUUUCUUCCUUUAUGAAAUGGUCGUUCAUAUCAUUUGGUCAUUUUUACGUUAGGUUGUUUUUCUUUUUUUUCCAGCUAACUCGUAGGAAUUCUACGUCUUACCAAUAUUAAUCAUUUAUAAAAAUUAUUUGGGGGCCGUUAUCUUCUAGUCACUGUUUUUCGUUUGUGGUAUCUUUUAUAAUACCUAAGUUUUUCCUGUCGGUGGAAGGGAAGUUAAUCUUUUUGGCUAUGUUGUGUGUCUUGUGUGCCAUGUAGAUAGUUUCUAUAUAGUUUUGAAGUUUGAUUGUUCAUUUUCAGGUCUUCAGUUACAGGCUGCACAUCCGCCCCCUCUGUCGUCUUCCACACUCUGUUUUUCUCCCCAGCACUUAUCAUCCAAUAAUAUGUCUUGCACUUGAUUUGUCUGUUUUGUAUGUUUAUUUUGUCUGUUGCCUGUUUCCUUCCACUAGAAUGUAAGUCCCAUGAGGGCAGGGACUUGCCUCUGUUUUGUUCGUGGCUGUAUAUCUCUAACACCUGGGAUAGUCACUGGCAAAUGACAGUUGCUCAAUAAAUAUUUCUUGCCCAAAUAAAGAAUAAUCCACGUAGAAUUUA